UCGGGGCGGAGCCGGCCCGCCGGGGCAGGGACGGCGCGGCGCGGCAGGUAUCGCUGCCGGCGGAGCGGGCCGGGCCGGGCCGGGCCGGUGGGGACGGCGCGGCCAUGGGGAAGGUGCAGCUGUUCGAGAUCCGCUUGGGCGAGAGCCGCGUCGUCUACAGCCCCGGCGAGCCGCUGGCCGGCACCGUCACCGUGCGCCUCUCGGGCUCGCUGCAGUACCGAGCCAUCAAGGUGAGCUGCAUUGGAACCUGUGGGGUGUCUAACAAGAUCAAUGACACAGCAUGGACCGUGGAGGAGCAAUACUUUAACAGCACACUGUCUCUGGCAGACAAAGGGGUCCUGACAGCUGGAGAGCACAACUUUCCCUUCCAGUUCCUGCUACCAGCCUCUGCUCCUACAUCCUUUGAAGGCCCUUUUGGCAAGGUCCUCCAUCAGGUGAAAGCUGUGAUAGACACACCUCGCUUCUCCAAGGACUACAAGUGCAACAAGAUCUUCUACGUUCUGUGCCCUCUCAACUUGAAUGACAUCCCUGACAUCGAGCAGCCCAACACUAUGUCGAUCACCAAGAAGUUCAACUACAAGCUUGUGAAAAGUGGCAACAUUAUCUUGACCGCCACCUCGGAUCUGAAAGGGUACAUCGUGGGGCAAGCAAUCCAGCUCCGAACAGACAUAGAAAACAAAUCGGGCCGGGACACUGGGGCUGUGGUAGCCAGUCUGCUCCAGAAAGUGGCUUAUAAAUCCAAGCGCUGGAUUUACGACCUGAGGACCAUCGCAGAGGUGGAAGGCUCUGGAGUGAAAGCCUGGAAACAUGCAGAAUGGAAGGAGCAGAUCCUUGUUCCAGCACUGCCCCAGUCCAUUCUGCAGGGCUGUAGCCUCAUACAUAUCGACUACUACAUCCAAGUUUCCCUCAAGUCACCAGAGGUUUCAGUCACUCUCCCCAUUUAUAUUGGGAACAUUGCUGUGAACAGGGUGCCUCUGAGCCCCUCCCGCUCCAUCCAGCACAUACCGUCUGCAGUGGUACCCAGUGCUCCCCCAGAGGAAGAGGAGGCUGCCAGUGGUUAUCACCCGAUGGACAAUGUCUCGAUCCCCACCAAAAGCCAUUCCCAGCAGCAGCCAUUUAGCUACGCCCCAGGACUGAGCUUCCAGGAGAUACGGGUGGACUCGGAGCAGACGGGCUCCCCAAACCACCCCACGCUUUGCCUCUCAACGGGAGCCACUGUCCCUUACUACGCCGAGGGGAACGUGGUGCCCGUCCCCACAGCCAGCUCGCUCAUUUUGCCUCCGGAGUACAGCACGUGGGGCUACCCAUACGAGGCACCUCCAUCCUACGAGCAGAGCUGCAGCAGUGCCAAUUCCAGCAUCAGCAAUGGCAACUAGCCUCCCCUGCUUCGAGUCCCGCCGGCUCUGCCCACCCCAGGCACCGCGGCUCACCUGCCUACUGCAAAGUCUGGUACAGCACAAGGCGUCCUUUUAUCUCUCUGGCUGCUUGGUGGGGUAAAUGGCACAUCCCGGCCUGGGCUUUUUAAGUCUCUUUCUAGGGAGGGGGGAAAAAAAAAAAAACAAAAGGGCAGCCAGAGCAGCCCGUGUGCGUGCAUAGGAGAGGUCUGAGAAACUGAACUGUCUCCUCUUGCUUCACCAAGUGCUGGAGAACUGAUUUUGCCCCAGGGAUUGCAGCAGCCUGUGUUCUGUACUGUAGUCAACACUAACUGCUUUACUAUCAAAGCACCUGCGAUGCCUUAUUUGAAAUGCUCCUGACUUGGCACGUCUCCACUGUAGGUGAAGGCUGGGCUGUGUGGACUUUCUCUUCUCUUUUAGUGGCCAUGUGCUCUCCAGAAGUGGUUUUGACAGCCCUUCCUCCUUGUCCUCGUAAGUCCUAAGGGUAGCUGAAACAGGAGGUUUCUUGGAGUAAGCAGGUUUGGAAGGUCAGAGACUCCUAAAAAGCCAAAAGCACAAGCUCUCACCGUACCUGUGUUGUGGGGUGAGUGACUGGCAGCCUUUGGUCCUCGCUGGGCUACCGCCUGCGUGCGGCGAGAGGAGAGCAGGCCCUGGCAGCGGGGAGCUCACCGGGGCACUUGCUCAGAACCCGAGAGGCCCCGGUGAGCUGCGGAGGGAGAGCUGGCUCCUGGCCUUUGUCAGCGUGGGCAGCUUUUCAGAGGCCCCGCGGGAGACAGGCCAUCCUUGCUCACCGCCAGACCGCAGCGCCCAGGCUGAACAGCGAGCGGGGGGCCCCGACCCCCCGUGUCCCAUCUCCCACCCCUGCCCGGUGCCCUCUCCGUCCCAGCUGCUGCUGCCUUUGGCAGGCCAGAAUUACAUGACAAUCAAGUUACAAAAGUCUGUCUGAUGCUACCUCCGAGUCUGCCCGAGGCCCCUGGCCGUGGAAGCCCCUUCCCUCUGGGACGACCCUCCCUCGAGGCCCGGCCUGGCAGCUCUCGCAGGAGCAGUUCCACGGCUGCCGGGCCUGGGGACUGGUCUCCCCGCGAGCCAGUACUGGUUUACCACUUGUCUCCUGAGCCGCCUCUUGAGCCCCAGCAGGGUGCAAAAAUGAGUGAGUGGGAACACAAACUGCUACGUCUCAUUUGCAGCCUUCGCUGGACCGGGCAGGUCGGGGGAGGAAGCUGGUGGAUGUAAAACAGCAUUAUUCUUUUGUGCUUUUUUUUUUUUUUUUUUUUCCCCCCUGCCUUGUUUAGCUUUUUUAGUAUUGACUGCCCAAACUGAGGAAACCACAAACCAGAUACUUGAGAGCCACAGGCAUCCAGCCGCAGCUGAAACUGUGGACUGCAGACCUUUGGCAGCUCUGAGAACUGGCCUCCACACUGCCUCACGCUGGGCAGGCAAUAUCUAACCAACCUGUUAGGAGCACUACAGCCUCUGCCUCCUCAUUUUAACCUGCCUCUGCACACCCCUGGCAGGCGGCUGGGGACAAGCCCUGCUUUGCACUCUUUCUUUGCAAAUGCUUUUUUAUUUUAUUUUUAAGUGUUGAACUGCUUUAAGGAUAGUGUAGAGAAGGUGCCGUUCUGAGCAGUGCUGGCACAACAUGCACCAAUGUUGAUAGAAUGAUUGUCAUUGUCCCUGAAUAUAUAUAUAUGAGAUGAAGUUUUGUUUUUAAUGAUUGAAUUCAUAAAUACAAAUUUUAAUGCUGUAUUUAAUAAAUUAUUCUAAGAGAAAUGCUGUGCUUUUUCAUCCAUUUCUGAUGCUUCUCCAUGUGCCUGUUCAUGCCAAAUCCAGGAAUGCACCUUGCUGAUUUCUUACAAAAGGAAGCAAGUUUGCUCUCACCAGGAAGGAUGGUGACUCCUGCCAAGCUCAGGGAAAGCAGCGUGGCGCAGCCUGACCGCGGUGCUGGGCGCGUAGUCCCAGAUGGUUGGAGGGAGUUUGGCACCACGUGGGCUCAGCUCCGGAGCGAGCAGCCACUGCACUGCUGCUUCCCCAGCCCCAUGUCCCAGAGCCAGGCUUUGUGCAAGUGGCCCACGGGUCUUGGGCAAAGCUCUCUGCUGUCUGACUGGAGAGGUGGGCUGGCGGGGAGGGAGGGGAGAGCGGACUCUCCCUUCAGGAGGAUGGAGGCGGAACAGCCAAGGUCAGGCUGGGAGGGCUGGAAACCACCAGCACAUGCCUUCUCCUAACGAGUCAUUCGGAAUAAACUGAUGAAAAAUGGAAGAAGGCUCCUCCCCACCCCCAGAGUUUGGUGAUACCGUGUCCGAAGCGUGUAGCUGUUGCCUAAACGUUGUCUUUGCGAGUCGCCUGAGGUGUGAUCUGUGUCUCGGAUACGAGGACCCUUCGUCACCCUCUGUUCAACUUACGCUUCUGCCCAGCUUUUAUUAUAGAAGUCCCUCUCCUUUGCCUGGUGGUCUGUGCCUGCCGUGAAAAGCAUUUUUGAUAGGCAGGGGGUCAGAGGCAGGUGCUUGUCUCUUUGUAGCGGUACGUCUCUUCCCCAGGGCUCUUCCUCCCAGUUAGUUGAACCUGUUUUGCCUGGCUCAGCCUGUAGCUCUUGUGGCCUUCCUUGCUGUCAGCAGUAGGUAUCCUUCCUUUCAAGCCUCAACCCAAAUCCCUUCCACACCUCUGGAAAAAUUCCUAUGAGCUGUCAAUGCUUCUGGACGUGCUGGGUGGGGCGGCAGGCUCUCCUGGCAGAGGCCGCCUGGGCUGGCACGCAGUUCCUGAUUUCUUAUUCUCCAUCCCUGAAGCUGAGCCGCUGGUGACAUGUCCAGCCCCUGUUCCUUGGCUGGAAAUCUUGAGUGCUGUUGGGUUACCGUGGCUGGAGCCACUGGGAAGCCCUUCUAGGCCCCCAGCCAGUGUCUGUUCUCCUCGUUUAACCUUGACAGUUGGGAAUGCACUAUUCAUGGUGGAGACUGGAGAGGAGAGGCCAGCCGUAUCUCUCACAGCUGCUGCGCUGUGCCCUGCACCUCUGCAGUGCUCCCGCACACCUGAGCUUGCUCUCCCAACUCAUAUUUGCUGCAGACUGGUCCUUCAGCACCUCUUGCUGUACAUGGAGUCCCCUUUGCAAAGCCAAGAGCAAGCGGGCACGCUUUUCCACGCCGGUGAGGAGUGUCCAUGUCCGCUGGCUGCUGCGGAGGGAGCAGGAAGGGGUUGGAGCCAGACCUCGUGCUGGUCCUUGUUCUUUUGGAUGCUGGGCUGGGCACGCACGGCUGCUGCAGGGAGAGGCCUCCCGGACCUGCGGGGCAGCUCUGCCCGGGAUGCGAAGUUGGUCUCUGAGCAACCUCGCGGUUGUGCAAGCGGACAGAAAUAACCGGCAAAGCGCUGUGGUUUUCAACGUUCCUGCCCAGCCUUGCCUGUCCCCCAGCGCGGCGGCAGGGAACUGAAGCCCGACACAAAGAGCCUCGUUCAUGUUCCCUGGACCCCUGCGGAACGAGGUGGGGCGGCAGGGUGGAGGAGUCAGCGCAGCUCUUCUCAAACCUGCCCGCAGCUGUGGCCCCGGGGCACUGCGGCAGCCAGGGCCUCGGGGUGGGGUGUAGGAGUUCUUCGGGGGAGCACAGUGGGGCGAGACCCAAUGCUUGGGUGUACGUUCCCCUCUGGAGACAGCCAGGGGACAAUCCCUUUGUCCCCUGCCUCGCUGCUGUCCCUCUUCUCUGCAGCCUCGCAGGCUUCAACCUCUUUAUGUCCUGGGGAGCUCCUAUAGGCCCCGGGUCAUCCCUCUCUCCCCAAAGCGGAAAAAAAGCCCAUUUUUCCAAACCCAGCUCAGGGUAAUAAACAUCAGCGCACAGGAAUUCAUUCAAUUUUUUUAAGCAAUUGGGUUUUGGUUUUGUUUGAAAUGGGGAGAGGAAGCAGUGGGGCGUGUGUGAAGCGUGUCAGCUAAUUGUUGCCAAACUCAGCAUUCAAUGGAAAAUAUCUUCUCUCCUUUUUUUUUAGUUUUUUUUUCCUUUUGCUGCUGCUGCUUUUUUGUCCUUCAUGGCUUUGUUCUUAUCUCACUCCAUGUGUGCUGCUUCCAUAUUUUUGGCUUUUUCAGUGUCAUUUGUGUCCUGCUAAACUCCACUUUGGCACCUGUUGUCCCACUGCCUGCAGGAGAUGGGGAAAGGGGAGAUGGGGGAUGCAAAGGCUCUUCUUUUUGUCGGACAGUCAUUAAUUUUUAGCUUUCCACUGAACUUUCAGUAGUUUUGUAAAAGUAAAUAUUUUCUGCUAGGAAGUUUUCCUGUUGAGCCAGCACAAGAGAGGAGAUAAAGAGUGUUCUGGGGUCCAUUUGGUUUUUAUUCUGUGUUUUUAAAGAUUUCCAGUAUCUGCAACAAGAAUGUCCCAUCCCUCCUCCCCAAGAGAGACCGGUGGGGUAAAACCCUCAAAACUUGUGCCCUUUCUUGUACCAAUACUCGUGGCUGUAAUUCUUUAUUGCUGUGGUUCCCUCUACAGAUCUGGGGGUUUUAUACAACAGUAUUUGUGACGGUUCUGUACAACUUAAGACUUCUGUGCAAUUUAUUACUGGGUUUUAAAACGUAAACUAACAGUUUUACAUGUUUACUUCUGGGGAGUAUUUUUGUCCUGGGUUUUAAACCACCAGAUGUAAAGAACUGAAAAAUAUAAAUAAAGAUCUCCUUUUUUAAGACUA